CAUCACAGCAUUCUUGCAUUAAAUCAGCCCGCUUGCACAGCUAUUAGAGCGGCCCAUAUAUAUUGCGAGAAGAAGCUCCAAGCCCCUAUCCAGCAGAAAGGGAGCUCCAGCACACAUACCAGUGAAGCCGCACACAGCAGAGGCAGAGCGGGUCCGCAUCCGAAGUAAGGAGUUAUAUAACAAUAUGCGGUACAGUAGAGCAUACCUCUACACCUCACAGCGUGUUGGAGAUAAAACCUUCUCCUCUAUCAAGUUCCUUCAGUUGUCUGUUUAAAUUACCUUGGACCAAUCGAUUGGGAGCUCAAAAAGUAGACAUGACACGAGAUUUGUUCUUCACUACUCCCAAUGAGGCAGGAAAUCCCCAUAGGACAUGGGAGUGCAUUAUUAAAUCUACGCAGAGAGCCAGCUGCUAAAGGUAUGAUUCGUGGAACUACACAUCCCAGCAAGUUGUACUGCAUUUGCUGAUUAUGUCAAAUGAAUAUCAUGAUUGAAUAGUCUAGGUAUGAUUCGUGGAACUACACAUCCCAGCAAGUUGUACUGCAUUUGCUGAUUAUGUCAAAUGAAUAUCAUGAUUGAAUAGUCUAGGUAUGAUUCGUGGAACUACACAUCCCAGCAAGUUGUACUGCAUUUGCUGAUUAUGUCAAAUGAAUAUCAUGAUAGAUUAUUCUAGGUAUGAUUCGUGGAACUACACAUCCCAGCAAGUUGUACUGCAUUUGCUGAUUAUGUCAAAUGAAUAUCAUGAUUGAAUAGUCUAGGUAUGAUUCGUGGAACUACACAUCCCAGCAAGUUGUACUGCAUUUGCUGAUUAUGUCAAAUGAAUAUCAUGAUUGAAUAGUCUAGGUAUAUUGAAAAUGCAAGGUUUUUUUUCUUCUCUUUGUAAAGAUAUAGUUGGCUGCCUUAUUGGUAUGUAAUGUCUGUUUUUCUAAGCUAAUUUAUGGCCUUAGCUUAAAGGGGGGGUUGUAUUGGGUGGAGUUUGCAAUCAUUGCAUUCACAUGGAUAUUGUUCCUAUUUGAAGUCUAGUACACGGCUGGAUAGCCAUCGGCUGGUCGUGCUUCCAUAGAAGUGCUGACAUAAAAGUGUUAUUAUAAAAAUAGCGUUAUACCUGUGUUAAACCGAAGGAAAACAGAAGGGAAACAUCAACACACCACACUACCACAAAAGGACUGCUUUAAUGCCUCAAAAGUAUGUAAUUCAUCUUAUGCAUAUUAUCUGUUUUUAAAAACCUAUGAAAAGGCAUCCCCAAUCUGCUCACUACAGUUCUCUCUUAGGCAAACUUAUGUAUGUUUCUUGAUGUAAUGAUUUCUUGUAAAUGUCAUUGCAUGUGUGGGGAAGUUGCUCGGUGAAACAUUUUAUUAUUGCAUACUGACUGGUGUUUACCUCCUUUGAACAUUUACCAUUGUGGUCAGGUGUACUAUAUCUUUAUAUUUAGUAAGGUGUAGUCAUGGUGUAAAGGACAGAGUAUGAUUACCGAUUAGUAAAAGAAAACAAAUACUGAGCAACAUCCCCAAACAGGUAAUUUCAACUUUAAACUUGUCAUUUAUAUUGUACGCUCUGGACAUGGCUACUAAUAACAAAUGCACAGACAAAAUUCUUAAAGCUAUGUGUGCAAAUGCUAGGAGCUUAGGAGACAAAAUUCCAGAGCUAAUUGCAAUAAUGACAAGGGAUGACCUGGAUUUUGUGGCAAUUACAGAGUCUUGGUGCAAUGAGAAUCAUGACUGGGACUUAGCUAUACCAGGAUACAAUUUAUUUAGGAAAGAUAGAAUAGGAAGAAUAGGAGGAGGGGUAUCAAUGUAUGUGGAAAAAAAGCAUAAAUGCUACUUUAAUACAAAAUAUUGAAGCCAAAGCUGAGGCCCUUUGGGUCACCAUAUAAACUGGGAAGAAGGACAUUAUUCGCAUUGGGGUGAGCUAUAGACCACCAGGCCAGGGCAGGAUUUGGACAGGAACCUAUUGUUGGACAUCUCUAAAAUGGCUUUUAAGGGAGAAGUCAUAAUCAUGGGAGACUUUAAUUUACCUGAUGUAAAUUGGGAGGGGUCUUUUGCAAGUUCUGCUACAAGUGGCACAUUUUUACAUUCCUUACAGGGAGCAUCUCUCAAGCAAUUGGUGAGGGAGCCCACUCGCAAAGACUCAAUAUUAGAUCUAAUUCUUACAAAUGGUGAUAGGAUAUCUGAUAUAUAUGUGGGUGAGCACCUGGGAUCCAGUGAUCAUCAAGCAGUAUGGUUUAGUAUAAAGACAGGAUCCAACUCCUGUCACACAAAAACAAAGGUGUUGGAUUUUAGAAAUGCUGACUUUGCAAAAAUGGGGAGAUGUUUAAGUGAUUCAUUGGCAGACUGGAGGAACUUGGAAGGAGUGCAGGAGAGGUGGAAAAAACUGAAAAGUGCAAUGCUAAGUGCAACAGACCUUUGUAUCAAAAUGGUUAAGAAAAGCACCAGGAAAAGGAAGCCAGUGUGGUUCACAAAAGAAGUAUCAACUAGUGUGAAAGCAAAAAAGAUGGCUUUUAGGAAAUACAAACAGACUCAAAAUAAUAACGACAAAGAGGUGUAUCUGGACAGAGGGAAGAAUGCUAAGAAAGUGAUCAGAUGUGCAAAGGCAGAAGCUGAGGAGAAAAUGGCCCGGUCAGUAGAUAAAGGGGGCAAAACUUUUUUUAAGUAUAUAAGUGAAAGGAGAAAAUCAAAUGGAGGAAUAAUAAGACUUAAGACAGAGAGUGGGCAUUUGGUGGAGGGAGACAAGUCAAUAGCAGAUCACCUAAAUAAUUAUUUUUGCUCAGUAUUUACUACAGAAGAAGGGAUGGGGCCACAGUUAAGUUGCAAGGACAUUCAUAAAAAUAAGGUAGAUGAAAAUACAUUUACAGAGGAAAAGGUCCUAACAGAACUUUCAAAACUAAAAGUGAAUUAAUCAAUGGGACCAGAUGGGAUACACCCAAGGAUACUCAAAGAGCUAAAAGAUGUGCUGGUUACACCUUUAACAGAAUUAUUUAACCAGUCACUAAAUACAGGUGCUAUUCCAGAGGACUUGAAAAAAACAAAUGUAGUUCCACUGCACAAAAGUGGAAGCAAGGAAGAAGCAAAUAACUACAGACCAGUAAGCCUUAAAUCAGUAGUAGGGAAAGUAAUGGAAAAACUAUUAAAAGAAAGAGUAGUGGAAUAUCUUAAAUCAAACAACUUACAGGAUCCAAAACAGCAUGGAUUUACUGGUGGGAGAUCACGCCAAACAAAUCUUAUUGACUUUUUUGACUUUGUGAUGAAAAUAAUAGAUUAAGGGGGAGCUGUAGAUGUAGCAUAUCUAGACUUUAGUAAGGCAUUUGACACUGUCCCACAUCGCAGACUGCUAAAUAAACUUGAAAGCCUGGGGGUGGAUUAUAAAUCAGUUAAAUGGAUAAGAACCUGGUUGCAGGAUAGGAAACAGACAGUCGUAGUUAAUGGAGUGCAAUCUAUGGAGGGAAAUGUUACCAGUGGAGUACCCCAGGGAUCUGUAGUUGGUCCAGUUCUCUUUAAUAUCUUUGUUGGUGACAUUGCAGAUGGUAUUGAAGGGAAGAUAUGCCUUUUUGCAGAUGAUACAAAGAUAUGCAACAGGGUAGACACACCGGGAGGGGUCAAACAAAUGAUUAAUGACCUAGGUAGGCUUGAGAAAUGGUCAAGAACGUGGCAACUACAGUUUAAUGCUAAAAAAUGCAAAAUCAUGCACUUGGGUCUCAAAAACCCAAAGGCUAAGUAUAGUAUCAAGGGUACUAUAAUGGAAACUACUGAGGAGGAAAGAGAUUUAGGAGUCACUAUUUCAAGUGACUUGAAGGCAGGAAAGCAAUGCAACAAAGCAAAUAGAAAGGCAAGUCAGAUGCUUGGUUGCAUAGGGAGAGGAAUCAGUAGCAGGAAAAAAGAAGUGAUAAUGCCACUGUAUAGGUCAUUGGUACGGCCCCAUCUGGAAUACUGUGUCCAGUUCUGGAGACCCUAUCUCCAGAAGGAUAUAAAUACAUUAGAGAGUGUACAAAGAAGGGCAACUAAAAUGGUGAAUGGCCUACAUCACAAAACUUACCCGGAAAGGCUAAAAGAUCUUAACAUGUAUAGUUUGGAGGAGAGAAGGGAAAGGGGGGACAUGAUAGAAACUUUCAAAUAUAUCAAGGGUCUUAACAAAGUUCAGGAGGGAAACAUUCUUCAAAGGAAAAGAAGUAUUAGAACUCGAGGGCAUACAUUGAGACUGGAGGGGGGAGUUUCAGGGGAAAUUUAAGGAAAAAUUACUUCACAGAAAGGGUAGUGGAUAAGUGGAAUAGCCUCCCAUCAGAGGGGGUAGAGGCUAAGACUGUAGGGCAAUUUAAACAUGCUUGGGACAGGCAUAUGAAUAUCCUUACAAAGAAUUAAGGUUAAAAAAGGGUUGAGAUUGCCUAAAGGAUAAAAUAAAAAAGGGGCAGACUAGAUGGGCCAAGUGGUUCUUAUCUGCCGUCAAAUUCUAUGUUUCUAUGUAAUCUCUGGUGGGUCCCUAACACUAAAUUUAAGUCUGAAGCGUUGGACCCCACCAAGCCAGCAAAAGCCAGCCACCCCAGGGCAGCAUGCUAGUGAGAGGCUAAGGUGUUAUUAAGUGUUAAUAAAGAAAGAAGCAAAAGCUAUGUGUUAAAGAGCCUUACAUAGGUGCAAAGCAUUAAUGAUAUUGCUAAAAGUGUUGUAUUAGUAAAAAAGAACAUUAAGUGUUAAAAAGUUCCACCCCAAAGCAGCCUGGCCACACCAACUCAGUGGGUCACCAUACCCCAAACUAAUUUCUAAAACAGCAGAUGGCAAGGGUGCCAAUUCAAGCUGAAGGAGCCUUGGCCUUCAAAUGUAGUACAGUAUGUACAAAAUAUAGAGCCUAUGGGGGAGGGAGAUCUUGGACUGCACACCCUAAUUGCAAAUAAAAUGAGAGGUGCCAUCAUGCUGAGACUUGCAGUUCCACAAAGAAAGAUAAAACACUAAUAAUGUUCCUGUGGUAGACAUGUACAUAGACAUGAAUGUGCUACAGUAAACAAUGUCUGCUUCUGGUUCUUAGUAAACUAAUAACCUACAUCAAUAAAAUAAAUUGAAUAGGAUCUAGAUGACAAAAGUAAAAAAAACUUUUUAUAGGUCCAGCAAUUUUGUAGCCAUGAGCUGCUAAUUAUAAGGUGUAUUUGACAAGUGAACCGUCUCUUAUUCAAUCUUCAGCUCUUAAUUAUGUCCUUAGUUUUUAAGUGGACAGGGAUACAAUCCAUCAAAACUUAAAAAAAAAAUAUUUAUGAAUAUUUUUUAUUUAUAUUAAUAUUUUGUACUUUCUGAACGGGUAAUCCUAAAUCCGGACUGCAGCUGUAGUUCUCAUGGGUGACUUGGGUCACGUAAAGGCACCCAACUGAGCGGCAACGCAGUAAGUCCCUGCUUACUGCUACAGGUCAGUAUUACAGGCAAUUUUUUAUUUAAUACAGUAUACAGCGCUAAUAAGUAAUUCCAAUCACCAGAAUCAUCUUCACGACUAUUUACUAAACAGACUUUUCCCCCCCCCAAGGUUAUAGAAUAACUGAUUUAUACUUAGCAUGUAUUACACAUCACAGUUGAGACAGCUUCAUUGCCUGGGCACUGCCUGGGCAUGAUUAAACCUGUCCGGCAUGGCCACUCCCCCUCCAGAAAACUUUGCGGUAAAAUGUUAGAUAAAAUACUAUGCGUGGUGCCAGAAAGCAGUGCAUCAUAUGGCAGAGGUGGAUAUUUGUCCUCCUUAGAAGCUGUCCUAGGCCCAGUUAAUUAGUAUCCACUUGCUCUUCCCUUCCCGAUGUCCCUGUACCCACAUACAGAUUUAGCCAUACUCCUCUUUACUGUGAUGCGGCAUGCUACAUGGCGUGCUGGGCUGCGAUAUAUUUGCAGCCAGAGAUCGCUCCAUUAAUUCAUUAUGGAAAGAUGAGCAUUGCUACAUCUGUACUCCAUAUUUUAGCCACAGCCAUACAUGGAAGAAAAAGAAAAAGAAGAAGAAAAGAAGAAGAAAAAGAAGAAGAAGAAAAAGAAAAAGAAGAAGAAGAAGAAACAAUACAGUAUCAGAGACAUGUGUCAUAUGAUAUGUUUUCUUCUCUUUUAAUAUACUAUUGAUUGAAUGUCAAUUCAUAGUCAGAGCGAGUGCCCUUUAAAACACAUUUGUACAUGUUUGCCAUUCCAAAGACCAAUAAAACAGAUGUUAACAACA